GCGAGCAGGACGCACACGCAUACACACACACGCGGGAUCCCCCCCUCCCCGCCCCGGAAUCCAGGCCCCACUGUGAGGGAGCAGAGGAGGAAGGGAAAGGGAGGCACGUUGCUAAUUGGUUAACCUGCUCCUCGUUUUUGCACAGCCAGCAGCAGCCUGCAUGUUGCACAGCUGUGGGUCCCUCUGUGUGUGUGUGUGUGUGUGUGUUCUACAGGUAGCAGCAGCAUCAGGGAGAGAGCAAGCAACUCAACUGCAGCAGCUGCACUGGCUCGGAUUUGGGAGGCGAUCGCUCGCUUUGCCGACGGAUGUAUAGCUAGGAAAGAUUUAUCCAGCCGUCCCGUUUGUGCUCUUUUCAUGCAUUUUUCCAGUGUGGCGUUUUUGCUUCUAAAUCUCCCUCGGAAUUUUGUAUUUUGCAUCAGUUUUUUGCAUUCGUGCUAGGAAAUCCGUGGAUACGUCUUGCUUGCCAAGUUUGUAGUGACACCUCUCUGAUUUCCCCCUCCCCCCUUUGUUGGAUAUAUUACAGUACCCGUUUGUAUAUAGACAGAUAUAUGUUUCUGCCUCUUUCAAGAAAAUUGGAAUUCUUUGGGGGAGCGAAUGGAUACUGAAGAGGACAUUCUUCUUUUGAGCCUAUAAAAGAGGCGCGUGACGAAAUUGCUUAAAUUCAGCCAUCAAUUUAGCUUCUCGUUGAGUACCUCGAAGUAUUUAUGGUUGCAGCUCAGGUGCAAACGAGGAGUAGUGAUAAGGAUAUAGACCUGCAGCUAAUUGGAUUUGAUUUAUAAGAGGGAAAUCUGCAGUAAAUGGCCGCUCUCUGCAUAUUGCUACUAUGGAAAACAGAAUUGUCAAUAGGAUGUAGUCUGAUAAAUAGUGCUGUGUGAAGAUGCUGCUUCAAUAAGUGUGGAAUCAAUGGAAGACACUUGCCGUGUGAAAAGCCUUUUGAGAUUUUUCUGACAGGCUCAUAUUUAGGAAACUUGAUCCAUUUCUUGCGGUUGCCCUGUUUUUACACAAGUGGAUACAAAUAAGAUUGCUUCAUUGUAGCUAUACAACUAAUGUGGGACAAUGGCCCUUCCAAGAUCCGUGUGGCUGAACUGCGUAUGGAGAGCGAUGAUGGUCCGUCUAUUACACAUGGGAUUGGAUGCCACUUUCGUUCUUUAUAUACUUGGAUUUUUGCUUCAUGCUGCAGCUGUGUCCUCACAAAAAUUGGAUGAUAUUGACCCACUCGUGACCACCAACUUUGGCAAGAUAAGAGGGAUUAAGAAGGAACUUAAUAAUGAAAUUUUGGGGCCUGUUAUUCAGUUUCUUGGGGUUCCGUAUGCUGCCCCACCAGUAGGAGAGCAUCGCUUUCAACCUCCUGAACCUCCAUCUCCAUGGCCAGAUAUCAAAAAUGCUACUCAGUUUGCUCCAGUGUGUCCGCAGAACAUUAUAGAAGGCAGAUUGCCCGAAGUCAUGCUCCCUGUGUGGUUUACUAAUAACUUGGAUGUAGUUUCUACCUAUGUACAAGAUCAGAGUGAAGACUGCCUCUAUUUAAAUAUAUAUGUCCCAACUGAGGAUGUCAAAAGAAUAUCCAAGGAAUGUGCCAGAAAACCCGGCAAGAAAAUUUGUAGAAAAGGAGGUCCCCUUACAAAGAAACAGACAGAUGAUUUAGGUGAUAAUGACGGUGCUGAAGAUGAAGACAUUCGGGACAGUGGGGGACCUAAGCCAGUGAUGGUGUAUAUUCAUGGAGGAUCCUACAUGGAAGGCACUGGAAAUUUAUAUGAUGGCAGUGUUCUGGCAAGUUAUGGCAAUGUGAUAGUCAUCACAGUCAACUAUCGCCUUGGGGUACUUGGUUUCUUGAGUACUGGGGAUCAAGCAGCAAAAGGAAACUAUGGCCUCCUUGAUCUAAUCCAGGCUUUGCGAUGGACUAGUGAAAAUAUUGGGUUCUUUGGUGGUGACCCAUUAAGAAUAACUGUUUUUGGAUCCGGUGCAGGUGGUUCAUGCGUCAAUCUAUUGACUUUAUCCCAUUAUUCUGAAGGUAACCGUUGGAGCAAUUCAACCAAAGGACUUUUUCAAAGAGCAAUAGCUCAAAGUGGAACAGCUCUCUCCAGCUGGGCAGUUAGUUUCCAACCUGCAAAAUAUGCCAGGAUGUUGGCUACAAAAGUUGGUUGCAACAUGUCAGACACUGUAGAAUUGGUAGAGUGUCUACAAAAGAAGCCUUAUAGAGAACUUGUGGACCAGGACAUUCAACCAGCACGAUACCACAUAGCCUUUGGACCAGUAAUUGAUGGUGAUGUGAUACCAGAUGAUCCUCAGAUAUUGAUGGAACAAGGAGAAUUCCUCAACUAUGACAUCAUGUUGGGAGUUAACCAAGGGGAAGGUUUAAAAUUUGUUGAAAAUAUAGUUGAUAGCGAAGAUGGCAUAUCAGCUAGUGAUUUUGACUUUGCUGUUUCCAAUUUUGUUGAUAAUUUAUAUGGAUACCCUGAAGGCAAAGAUAUAUUGAGAGAAACUAUUAAAUUUAUGUAUACUGACUGGGCAGACCGACACAAUCCGGAGACAAGAAGGAAAACUUUGCUAGCUUUGUUUACUGAUCACCAGUGGGUUGCACCAGCAGUGGCUACAGCAGAUCUUCACUCGAAUUUUGGAUCGCCUACAUACUUCUAUGCCUUCUACCAUCAUUGCCAAACAGAUCAGGUACCUGCUUGGGCAGAUGCAGCCCAUGGGGAUGAGGUUCCUUAUGUACUGGGAAUCCCUAUGAUUGGUCCUACUGAAUUAUUUCCCUGUAAUUUCUCCAAAAACGAUGUUAUGCUAAGCGCAGUGGUGAUGACAUACUGGACUAACUUUGCAAAAACUGGUGACCCAAAUCAACCAGUCCCACAAGAUACAAAAUUCAUUCAUACUAAACCCAAUCGUUUUGAGGAAGUAGCAUGGACCAGAUACUCUCAGAAAGACCAACUGUAUCUUCACAUUGGAUUAAAACCACGAGUGAAGGAACAUUACAGGGCCAAUAAAGUGAACCUGUGGCUGGAACUGGUACCUCAUCUGCACAAUCUUAACGACAUUUCACAGUAUACCUCGACCACAACUAAAGUGCCAUCAACAGAUAUUACUUUCAGACCAACAAGGAAAAAUUCUGUACCUGUUACUUCAGCUUUUCCUACAGCCAAACAAGAUGAUCCCAAACAACAACCAAGUCCCUUUUCAGUGGAUCAAAGGGACUAUUCCACAGAGUUGAGCGUUACUAUUGCAGUUGGGGCAUCUUUGCUAUUCCUAAACAUUUUGGCCUUUGCAGCAUUGUACUACAAAAAGGACAAGAGGAGACAUGAUGUUCACAGGAGAUGUAGCCCACAGCGUACUACUACCAAUGAUCUUGCCCAUGCACAAGAAGAGGAGAUAAUGUCCCUCCAAAUGAAGCACACUGACUUGGAUCAUGAAUGUGAAUCCAUCCAUCCACAUGAGGUGGUUCUUCGGACCGCCUGUCCCCCAGACUACACACUAGCUAUGAGAAGGUCUCCUGAUGAUAUUCCCUUAAUGACACCCAACACCAUUACAAUGAUUCCCAACACUAUACCAGGGAUUCAGCCCCUACACACAUUCAAUACCUUUACUGGAGGACAGAAUAAUACUCUGCCCCAUCCCCACCCCCACCCCCAUUCACAUUCAACAACCAGGGUAUAGCCAGACAAGAUGAAACAAACUUUAUUUUUUUUGAUGGAUUACAGUAGGUGACAUUACUGAAGAUUACUUGGCUUUCAACCUACAAGACUCUUACUAUUUAAAUAUAGAGGAAUAUUAUGUGAAUAUACAUAUCAAGAACUUUGGGGGUUUUGAAAAAAAAUGAAUUGUACAUAUAUACAAAUGAACUUAAAAAAAACAACUUUGCAAUUGCUUGAAGCAAUUGUCCUGAAUGAUACUUUUUCAUUCACAUUCAACUGUUAAUUUUUGAAGAUUUAAGUUACAUAAUGGAAUUAGGCAUGUGCAACACAAACAGAAAAGAACUCUGACUGAAAUUUUAAAAAAAAAAUCUAUAAAUAUGCACAAGGGACACACUAAUGGAAUGUCAGAUAAUUUUCACCAAUUUUUAUUUGGAACUGUUUUAUUGUGUAGUCCAUAUUUACAUAUUUGGAUAAGUACACAAAGCACCAAUGCUGUUAAGGCCUUAGUAGGGGGCUCAUGCUGAAAUCUGCCAGUCAAACAAAGAAGUUUUAAAGCCUGGCAGGUACAACAUUAUCACAUAAGUGCUGUCAGUAUAAAAGUUGUGGGAAUAAAGGAAACUGGAUAUUUUUAGCACGAUGUGCAUGAUAAUUUAUAUGCUUGGUGGCUGUGCUGCUGAUUAAGCCGUAAUUAAAAUUCUUCUCAUCCCAUUGGAGUUUUUAAUAGAAGCUUCCUCCAUCAAUUGGCACAACCUAAAGAAGAUUUUUUUAAAGGGGCAAAAGUAAUUACAGUAAAAUAAUUCACAGUAGCUUCAGUAAUAGAAGGAAUUACAGUAGUUCUUAAAGGUAUUUGAUGGUAUUCUCAGUAUAUAGGGGUGAAUACUCCCUGAGUGAAUCCCACAGGGAAAAAUAUCUUUUUGUGUUUUUAAUGUUCUCUUUCGUUUCCACCUAAAUAAUUUAUAGAACUAUAACCUUAAUGGAACCUCUUUGAUGAAGGAUUUAUAAUUUGCUGUGGUUUAGUUACAAUAUAUUUAGUUCAUAUUGGUAAGAUAAAGUGUGUCCAAAGAUUUCAUUGCAAGGAUAUUUUUGCAGUAUAAAGAUGCCCCAACAUUAUCACUCUGAUUACAGCUCUGUUAUUGUUUUAACUCAUGGUGCAUGUGACAAAGUUUACUGCUAAUAUUUUAAUGUAAAGUUAUUUCCCUUUUUGCUAUACAUUAUCCUUGCCAUUCAAGUGAAUUCACUGGAUGAGAUCUCUAUAGAGUACAAAUGUAGAUAGAGAAGAUCCAUAACGAUGGAGAGAGCCAACAAAUGGAAAUUUUUAAACCUGAAUCUUACAUUUGUUUGUGUGAUUUUAAAUGAAUGGUCUAAAAUCACAAGAAACUCUUCAUUCCCCUGUUGUUUUCCAGAAACGGCAUAUCACGGUCCUUUCAAAAUGUUUGUAUAUGUAAUCAGAUGUACAUUUAUAUAAAAAAAUGAGAUGGACUUAAGAGCACAUCCCUGAUAAAUACUUUCUCUUACCUGUACUAUAUUUCUAUUAGACUAAAGUUAUGUGAUUUUUUUUUACAUUUUUUCAAAUUACUAGCAAUUUUGAUAGUUUGUAAGAUAAUGCAAAGAACUCUCUCUGACAAACUAACUGCAGUAACAGAAACAUUUCUUUUCAGUUACUCUUUUUCAAGAAUGAAAGCUUAUUACACACACAAAAAAAUUGUAUACUACUUGAUGAAAAAAUACUUUGUACUUCUUGGCCAUAUUACUGGUCACUGAGUGAAAUAAAGAUAAUCUGGAUAACAAAUAUUAUUCCAAUGCUAAGAGAUCUGAUCUUUGCUCAUUAAAGAGCUAAAAUGUUUAUUGCUGUUUUGUCAUUUUUUAAUGAAGUAAUGGUAACUGUCUCAAAUAAAGAGUCAUUUCUUAGACAAGUCUGGUUUUUGAAGACAUGGAUAUGCCUUCUACAGAUAAUACAACUGCAUAUUUAUAGGCCAAUCCUACCUAAAACAGUUCCUUAUAAAAAUCAUGACACUGUGAAUGUAUAAUGUCGCAGUGUUACAUUAAUUACCACUACCCACUAACUUGCCAUAAUUUUGCAGCCAGAAGUAAGAUUUAAAAAUACAUACAUCAAAUUUAGAAAAGGCAAGGAACAGAUAAAUAUGCAGUAUUCCAUGAAAUGAAACUCACCUGGUUCACACUGUGAGGGUGAUUAAACUUUCAUAAAAUGAUGUUACUAGAAAGUUACCCUUCAAAGUGUGUUUAAGAACAUCAAAUAGACUUCAAAAGUGACACUGAAAACAAAACAACAAAAACCACUGCAGUUUCAGUCAUUUUCUUUAGCUAAUAAACUAAUAAAAAAUAUACACUAACAAUUAAUAUAAUAUAGAUUAUCAUCCCCAGUUUUAAAAGGAGCAUUUUUGGUAGAAGCAUAAAGAUUGAAGUCUUCAAAAUCCAGGAUGGUCUAUGUGCAAUUUCUGCCUGAUGUGGUUGUGCUUUUAGACUGUGACCUGCCAAUGUAAACCAAUAAAAAGAAUUGUCUGCCAUCUGAUAAUUAUUGUUUAAUAGGAAGAUUGUUUUUUGCUAUGUUAAUGAAACAAAACAAAACAAACAAAACCAUGAAUGGCCAUAAAACAAGAUAUACACAAAAUAUGAUUUCAUGUGCUUUUCUUAACUUUAUCAAACUCAAAAUAAUUUUCUACUAUAAUUUAAUGGUGGCCAUAUCUAUAUCUAUAUAUCUCUAUAUACAGUAUCUGGUAAUUGUUUACUUUUAUUAGUUCAGAAAUAAAUGAUUGAGGUAAACCAAG